AUGACUUGCGAAGCCUGCAAGACGAUCCCUCCUGUUAUCGCGGAGGGCUAUGAGAAUAAGGGGUCUUGGGGGGAAGUUGCUGGGCUGAAGACUUGUCCCCCAAGCGCAACCAAAGCUCUCGUAGCACUCUACGAUAUCUUCGGUCCCGCCCCACAGACACUACAAGGCGCAGACGCUCUAUCGGCGGCGUUGGGCGCUCUCGUGCUCGUUCCUGAUUUCUUCAAGGGUGUGAAGAUGGAGUUUAGUUGGUAUGCUGAUGAUUUAUCCGAAGAAAUCAAAGCCCUCAAAGAAGCAUUCAGCAAACUCGCUUUGGAUUUCUCCGGCUUCGUACCGGCGCUGAAAGAUGUUGUGGCUGAGGGAAAGGGGAGGUGGGAGGGUGUGGAGGCGUGGGGUGCUUAUGGACUUUGUUGGGGAGGAAAGGUAGUAGCGCUUUCUUCCGGCCCGGGCACACCGUUCAAAGCAUCCGGACAAGUACAUCCAGGACGACUAGCAACCUCCGACGCCCACCAAAUAACCAUCCCGCACAUUGUACUGGCCUCCGACGGCGAAGACGCGAGCAUCGUACAGGAGUACAAGGACGUGCUUGUGGGGGCGGGGAAGCCGGGCGUCGUGGAUACGUAUAAGGGGAUGCACCAUGGGCUACCUACCUUACCUAUCUACUCCUACCUACCUACCUCGGAAUUCCAAUUCAAUCUUGUGGUUUCUGCACUAUUAUUAUCAUUCGGAAGCAGCAUUCUCAAGAAGAGAAGAGAAGAGAAGAGCUCUGUGCAGAUAGGAUAG